GUUCACAAAAAGGAUUCUGGCUUUUGGCGAGAUUUUGGCUUUGGAAUGACUUGUCAAUAUCGAUCAGAUUUCCUGACCGUUGGUGGAUUUGACAUGGAAGUAAAAGGUUGGGGUGGAGAAGAUGUUCACCUUUAUCGGAAAUACUUACAUGGUGACCUUAUGGUGAUUCGGACUCCAGUCCCUGGUCUUUUCCACCUCUGGCACGAAAAGCGCUGUGCUGACGAGCUGGCCCCCGAGCAGUACCGCAUGUGCAUCCAGUCCAAAGCCAUGAACGAGGCCUCUCACUCCCACCUGGGAAUGCUGGUCUUCCGGGAGGAGAUAGAGACACACCUUCAUAAACAGGCAUACAGGACCAACAGCGAAGCUGUCGGUUGAUGUCAUCAUUAGCGCAUCACAGUCUGAACCACAAACCAGUACUGUUUAUUUAGCCUUAAUUCCAAUCCCAGAUGCAGUGCCUCUUUCAGAGACGACGUGUUCAUUUUUCACGUUCUUCCUGGCAUUACUUUACUUUAGCAUUUCAACUUGAUAUGAGAAGAAAAAACAAGUGCUGCAGCACAAAGCCUCUGUUUUGUGAGAAUACUACACCAUGGAAUAAUUGACAAAUUGAAAUCUGGUAUCUGUCCCAAAAGUUGUUUCGAGUUAGUUUCUGCCUGGUGCCCAUGUGCUGUGUCCUGAUUGCAUCUGGGUGGGGAGAUGGGGUGUGCUGGGCUGGUGGGGAGGCAGGAGCAGCACAGUCCUACAGGGGGACAGAGUGUCAUGGACAUGGCGUGUGGACGGGUGUCUUCACCUGCCAGCCACUGUCACCCUGCUUGAUUUUUAAAUGAAGGGCUUUGGUUGAUAGCUUGAAAAAUCCUUUUUCACUGAAGCAGGGAAUAAUUAAAUGACACAUCUGAAAUCCUCAGUCAGAGAAGGCAGAAAUCAAAACCCCUUAACUUAAUGUUGCUUAGCCCCCUGAAUGUCUGUUUUUAAGCAAAUGGGUAAUAGUAGAAAACAGAAUGAUUAAAAAUAGAAUGUGUUAUUGCAUUAUUAUCAUGUUCAGGAUUAGCAGUCAAAGUUUCUAUAGACUGUUUUGAACAAACAAAAAAACAUGGAAACAUUUUUAACAGAGUAUUUAAUUAUGGUGGAGCACAGGAUACUAGCUGUGUCUGGAAACAUCAGUUUAUGUGAACCAGCUACAUC